UGUGACAUUACGGUAAAUGUAUAGAUCCGUCGGAGUCUUGGUUGUUUGCAAACCCAAAAGAGCACUGCAAUGUAAAUUUAUCAAGAGAAUAAUCGGACGGCAUAUCGAAAAUAGCGCAGCAGAAAACCUUCAGAAGCUUCUUUCAACCACACUGCUUCCUGACCUUCUUUAGGCUCAGUAGUGCUGGAGCCUCCGGCGUAUUUCAUCCUCUUCCUCAUCCAUUGUGACUCCUCUCUCCUCUCUCCCUCUGCAAGACAGUCCAUUUACACUUACAGACUGUUGGAAUGACUACUAAACCUCAUCCACCUCUGAUGAAGAAACACAGUCAGACCGAUCUGGUGAGCCGACUCAAAACACGCAAGAUCCUGGGUGUCGGUGGAGAGGAUGAUGAUGGAGAAGUGCAUAGGUCAAAGAUCAGUCAGAUGCUGGGGAAUGAGAUCAAGUUUGCGGUUCGAGAGCCUGUGGGACUGAGAUUAUGGAUCCUCUUCUCCGCUGUGGUUUUCACAGUCAUGGCCCUUAUGGCUCUAGCCUUCCCUAACCAGCUGUAUGAAGUUGUAUUUGAUCAAGAACAAACAGCCACCAGUGUCUCUAUACGUCUCUAUGGAGGGGCCAUUCUCAGUCUUUCUCUGAUCAUGUGGAAUGGCUUGUACACUGCUGAGAAGGUUAUCAUCCAGUGGACGUUACUUAGCGAGGCCUGCUACUUUGCCAUCCAGUUUUUAGUGACCUCCGUCACUCUGGUGGAACUGGGCUCUUUACCAAAUGCUGCCAUCCUCCUCCUCCUCAGUCGCAUAUUCUUCCUCACUGUCACACUGUCCUACUACUACCAUCUGGGACGCCGGCCCAAGAAGAUCUGAGAGCCCCGCAAGCACCGUUCUGACACACCUGGUGCUUGGGGAGUUGAGUGACAGGCCACUGGGCUGGAGUUUCCAUCAGAAGCUUUGAACAGUGACACAACCAACAACAUCAACCUGUUCACCUGGCGUUGAGCCUUACCGCAAGGCCGACGCCAACCCCAAAGCCUUUAUUUUCAUUUCAGCUUACACACAACACAGGAGUUUGCCUUUAGUGAGCAACUCCAUCUCUUUUUGCUUGUUUUUUUCUUCUUCUUUUUUUUUGUGGGAAACACUCACAAUAUGGCCAAAUGAAUUGCAUUUUUCUUUCUGAUAGUGCAGUCACAGUGUAGCCCUCCUCAUUCACCGUUUAUCGUGUAAAGUAUUGCACACCGUAGCCGAGCUUGGACUGCUGGCGUAAUUGUCUGUAGCCAUGGUAUCAACAAAACUGUAAAUCAUUUCAUGUAAUAAUGCCAAUGAGCUCCUAGUCAUGUGACGUGCGUGAGGGUGGCUAGUAAACACUAGAUUGUGUGUUUUUACAUGCAGGUCAUUCAGUAUUUGAGCAGUAAAAACAUUGUUCCUGGUUGGUGUAUUUUGUAUCACUGCUGUAUUACUAAACUAGGAACAACCUGCUCUACGUCGAAUGAUGGGAAUAGUUAUGAAAAGCGUAGUUGUACUUUAUUGAUGACAGAUGCAACAGGUUCAUUUGUUCAGUUAGUUGGUGCAUGGACUGUUUCAGGAACUUCAGUUAAUGGGUUUGAACUAAUUAUUCAUAUUUCAGAUAACCAUGUUUUCUUAGUGUCAAGUUUGUUUUCAUUAAAAUGUCAGAAACACCUUUUUUGUUUAGUAAUGCCACAGAACAUGGUUGUGUAGCACAAUGACAUGUUUCAUUCAUUUUAACAAGCAAUGUAGCAGUAUUUUCCCUCACUUUUCCCAAAUAUUGCCUUAAUAUGCUAAACUGCACAAGCGUUCCACAUGUCUGCACACUGCCAGGUGUUUGUAUUCUUCAAAUGAUCUGUGUAUAUUUUUUGUUGAUUCUGCUUAUUUAUUGGCCUGCUUAAGUUAACUUUUUAAGGUUUGUGGUAUAACUUGCAUGUUUAUUGUCUGAGUUGUUCAGUCCAUAAAUGAUCUUGUAUGCUCUUGAUAACAAGUCAUCUUGUGCGAGUUCUGCCUUGUGUGGAUUUGCUAUUAUUUUAGACAUGCAGUGUCCAUUAGUACAACAGUGACAGCUCCCAUUAAAAGCAUAACAGAAUUUAUAACUUUAGCAUAACUUGGAUAUUAGAUAUUGGAAAAAAUGUUGAUUGGCUAUAUGGAAGGAAGGAAUAUGUUUAGCAAGAACUUAUACGGUAAAUAUCUGUUGUUUAAUGUUUCAUAUGAGGCUACAGUGCUGUUGGUUGUUUUCAUAUAUGAUAGAAAAAACGUGUGUUUAUGUACAAUAUGUGGACAAAAGUAGCAGUUAUAUUUGCAGGGUUUAAUUAGGUUCGCAUUUAACUCGGCCCAACUCCAAACCUCUGCUAUGCAUGGCUCAAAAUAGGUAAUAAAGAAGUUCAAAGGACCAGCCUGUUAGAGGCUAAUUUUUCUUUCACAAGCCAGUUUGAUUUUUGUCUCUUUGUUGUCUUUACAUUCGAACAGCUCAUAGUUCAAAUCUCAGUACAAACCUUUCCUCUCGCUGUCCUGUAGAUAUUUUUUCUUUGACAGAACCAAAUCAGUCCUAACUAGUAAUUCGGUAUAGGCACGGCUGUUACUUUAUGUUCUGUUCCUCAUUAAAAAGCAAGCUCUCAUCCCUCUUAACACUCGCCCAGAUAAAUAUGAGGAUGGCAAAUGCCAAACAUGAAUCAUUUGUUAUUCACGUCUCCUGAUGAGAAUUGUGUUGCCAUGCAAUUAGAAGUAAUAUCCUGUUAGCUGCUAGUGGCUUCAGCUGUCUGCCGAUGGUAUUCAUAAUGCCUCUGAAGGGAUGUUAAUGUAAUUUUUAAAUGUGUGUGUAAAUAUUUUAUUGAAAGAUGUUAUUGUUAUGGACUUGCAUCGUUAUCUUUUUGGAAUAAAGAAAAUGUACAAUUA